AUGGACGAUGCCGAUGUCCACGAAAACAUGGGCGAGGACGCAACGGCAGUCGAUGAACGCCAUGACCGUGAGAAGAACGACGGCGAUGUCGUCCCGAGCGAUCAAACCCACCUGGAUCCGAGCCGCUGGUGGUUUACCUCGGCCGCGUUUCCCAUGAUAGCGGGCACGCUGGGCCCGGUCGCUUCAGCAUUCAGUAUCUGUGCUCUCGUCAAGAACUGGCGGCAACACAUCAAUCCCGGGUCCGACGUCACUAAGGCUGUCUUCAUACCCGAUCCGCCAUGGCUGUACGCAGUCAACGGUGUUCAACUUUUCAUUGCGAUCAUGGCGAACGUAUUCCUCCUGCUCAACAUGACCAAGAGAGUCCGCUUCGUCAUUGCCCAGCCCAUCACCAUUGUCGGGUGGUACAUCUCAGCCAUAUUGCUUGUGGCACUGUGCGCGACAGCGGGCGGGCCUCUGAUUGUCCAGCCCGAGAUUGAAUACGUCUGGUCGCAGGCCUUCUACUAUGGCCUUUUUGCCGCCAUCCUCUACUUCAUUGUCGCGUCCUUGAUGGUCGUCAACGUCUGGGGCGCCCUGAAGGGACACUAUGCCAAAGAUUUCGAGUUAACCACAAGCCAGCGGACUCUGAUGCUGCAGACUAUACUCUUUCUCGGCUACCUCCUCCUGGGCGCUUUGGUGUUUAGCCACAUUGAAGGGUGGAGCUACCUGGACGCCGUCUACUGGGCCGAUGUGACACUGUUCACCAUUGGUUUUGGCGACUUCUCACCGUCGACUGAAGUCGGCCGUGGCCUUCUUAUACCAUAUACAUUGAUUGGGAUCAUAAGCCUCGGUCUGGUCAUUGGCUCUAUCAGGAGCCUGAUGCUGGACAAAGGAAAACACAGACUGGACGCGAGAAUGCUGGAGAAGAAAAGGCGGCAAAUGAUUCGCAAAAUCACGCGCAGCGGCAAAGGGAAGCUGUUGGAGCCCAUCAAUGACGACAGUUUCGAUUAUUACCCCGAGUCGAAAGGACCCGAGCUACCACAUACGGAGUUUGAGCGUCGCCAGAAGGAGUUCAACUUGAUGCGAAAGAUACAAAACAAAGCUUCUCGAACGAGAAGAUGGUCGGCAAUGGCCAUAUCGACAACGACUUGGGCCGUGUUAUGGCUCGUUGGCUCCAAGAUAUUUCAGGUGUGUGAGGAACCAUAUCAGGGCUGGAGUUACUUUGAUGGCGUGUAUUUCUCCUUCACCGCUUUGACUACCCUUGGAAAUGGCGACCUCACGCCAGUCUCAAACCAAGGCAAAGCCUUCUUCGUCUUUUGGUCGCUUCUGGCAUUGCCUACCCAGACGGUCCUUAUCUCGAACGCCGGAGACACCAUCGUCAAGGUGAUCAGGGACGGUACGCUGCGUCUCGGAAGUGUCACCAUUCUACCUGGAGAGUCAGGUUUCAAGAAGGACACAAAGCAGUUGCUUGCGAAAUUAUCUUUUGGUGUGCUGUUUGCCGAGGAGAGGAUCGAAGAGUCCCCACCGGGGUUCUUCGGCUUCGCUCAACGACACGAGGACACGGAAGAGGAGGAGGAUGGGGAGGAAAGCAGCGAUAGCCACACCAACAAAGGCGCCGGAAACCGCAGGCCGAAGCCAAAGCCAGAUGACCCGGCUAAACGAGGUAGAGCCCCGUCGAAGCCGAAGCAAUCGGAUGAGGGCAAAGACCUCGAAGCUGCGCGGCCCAAGCGGGAGACAUCGACUGCCAGAAAGGACGUGCCUACUGAGUUGCCCAAAACGCGGUCUGAAUACCACCUUGUACUCAUCGACGAGAUCAGACGUGUGACUAGGCAUCUAGAGCACUCGCCGCCGAGGAAAUACACCUACAAGGAGUGGGCUUGGUAUCUCCGACUCAUAGACGAGGACGAGAGCAGCGCCGAGACGCACCGCAAACCGGUCAAGGUGCCGCGCGGCAAGGACGAGCACCCCGCCGUGAUAGGCGACACCCCCAACCAGGACGGAGGCGCCGACGCCGACGUCAGUGUACCUAUGGGCAACCUGCCGCAAUCCGAGCACGGCGAAAAGGGAAAGGGCGACCCCAGGCAGCAGAAACUGCAGUGGUCGUGGGUCGGACACCGCAGCCCUCUGAUGGACACGCGCGAGGAGGCCGAGUGGAUCCUCGAGAAGCUCGAGGCGAAGCUCUGCGAGGAGCUGCGGGCCGUCGUCAAGGAGCAGGCUGGCCGGGAUAGCCUGAAGAAGGUGUCGGAGGAGGAGCGGCGCAAUGAGCAGAAGGGGCUGGGGCCGACGCCUAUGCAGUAG